ACCAUGGUAAUUCGGGUCUCAGAAGGUACCUCGGGUCCAGAGUAAUGCAGCGUCGCUUCGUAGCUGGAGCGAAAAGGAGGAAAGAGUAAACAGACAAGGGCCUCUAGAAGCGAACUGCCAGCAUGGGAGGCGGAGGUAGCAAAGAAAAUGAGUCUCACCUGUUGGAGACACUGUGUGACCACGAGGAUGCUAUCAACUGCGUGGCACUGUCCGAGGAUGGCUCCUUGCUGGUUACAGGGUCGGAGGACAAGACGGCGAGGAUGUGGAGCACGAAGACAGAAGAAACAGAGUGCCUCGGAGUCCUGAAGGGCCACACUUCGUACAUCACAUGCGUAGCCAUCACCAACGCCUACAUCAUCACGGGCGCGGCUGACAAUACCCUCAGGAAAUGGGACAUGACCACCUGCGACUGCCUCCAUGUAUUUGCAGACCACACGUCACGCAUAGCAAGAGUGAUCUGCACCGACGAGUUCAUCUUCAGCACCUCCUACGAUAAGACAGCGAAGGCCUGGCUCUUCGAUGCUGAAGACUCGGACAUCGGAGAGACGGCAGCCAUCAGGACCUUCACGGGGCACCACAGGGGAGUGUACCCCAUCAUCUACAUCCCGGCGGUGGACACGGUGCCAGAGGACAGCGAAGGAAUUAACAUCAACCCUGGGGACCUAAUCAUCACGGGCAGUGCGGAUGCAACGGCGCGCUCCUGGUCCUUCGACACGGGAGACUGCCUCAAGGUGUUCAAGGGACACAAGUCCGCCAUCACCUGUAUGGCCACAGACCCCCAGGCCAAGAUCCUAUACACGGGUGGCGGAGACAAGGAAAUCAGGUGCUGGAACAUCAACAGAGGAGAUUGUAUCAAGGUUCUCGAAGGGCACACAGGACCCAUCAUCUGCCUGAUCGUCGUGAACCGCCUAAUGUACAGCGGCAGCGCAGACGGGACGGCCAAGUGCUGGGUGCGGGAGUUCGGCGACUGCACCAGGACCUACAGGGGCCACAAGCACUCCGUCGUUUGUGCCAAGUUCAGCGAGGGCAUCUUGUACACGGGAUGCGGCGACGCCAUCGUGAGGGCGUUCGACGCGAAGAGUGGCUCCGUCAGGAAGGUCUUCAAGGGGCACACAAACGCCGUCACGUGUCUGACCGUGUGUGGUGACAAGGUCUAUUCGGGCUCGAGUGACGGCACGCUCAGGGUCUGGGACUGCAAGAAUAUCAG